AUGUGGUCCUCGCGGUCAUCCAGCCCAGAAGCCGCUUCUAGCGCAGAUCUUCAACUCCCAGUCGACAUCAGCGCUAGUCCCAACUCGCCCGCCUAUGCACCUGAUAUGGACAGUCUGAAGACCGCAAGUUUCGCAAGAUUGCGCGACUUUGAUAAUUGGAGAGACAGCACCUUCUUAGUGCAUCGAUGCUGUACUUACGCCGGAGAUGAAGUUCAAAUGAAAGAGUUCAUCCUUAAAGACUUUGAAGAGAUGCAGAAGGCUAUGACUGCACUGGAGGAUGAUCAUAUACACAUUCUCAACGCAACUUCUCGUAGCGUGUUUCUUCUAUAUGCCAGCGAGCUACGAGAGUUAUCCCAAAGCCUCGGCCUCGCACCUUGGAUCUCAUAUGGUCUUGAGUACAACGUCCUCAGAGGGCUAGGUCGGAGACUCUACGGCUCCCACUACGGUCAAGAACUUCACUCUCUACCAAUUGACUCUUCCAAAGGUGUCACACAUCUGUACGAAGACGCAGGCAUGUUCUAUCUAAGCUUCGACAAAACGACAAGACAAACACGCAUUCUAUACUCGAGCGCAAUUCCUGCUAGUCAAAAGUUAGCAUCUGCUUGUAAGAACGCAAAAGAACUUGGUGUACGAGACGACCCGUUUACGUUUGUCACGUGCGCUUUGAGUUCAAUCCUUCAAGGCCAGGGCAUGAAUGCGCACUCGGUCACUGCUCUGAUUAGCAAAAUGGCAAGCAUUCUAUCUAUCAGGUUUGAGAUUGCUGAGAAUGAAGAGACAAAGGUGAAAGAGACGGCGAUCCAACUCAGAAAGUCGUUGCCGUACCUGGAGAAGAUCUUGGAAUCAGUGAACUGCGCGAUACAGAUCAUCGAGGAUACUAUCAGUGAGCACAAGGACUGUAGAGAACUGCUAUCCAUUCCCAGUCAGCAUUUCCUCCGUGUUGAAAAGAACUUGCAGACCCUCCGCUCACAAGCGAUUUCCUUCAAGAGCUACCAAGACACCCGCAUCAGAAGAAUCAAUGUCUGCUUAUCAACUCUCUCUUCUCUUCUGAGCCUCAGAACAGACAGCGCCAUCAAGGCCAGUACUGAAGCAAUGACAAGACUCACAGAGGCGAAUCGCGAAGACAGCGGCAAGAUGAACGAUAUCGCGAUAGCCACGAAGCUCGAUAGUGAGGCCAUGAUCACCAUUGCCAAACUCACCAUGUUUUAUCUGCCAUCAACAUUUGUUGCCACACUAUUCAGCAUGGGGAUAUUCAACUUUGACUUUGACAACGGCAAGAAUGGACGCCUUGUCAUGUCCAGCCAAUGGUGGAUGUACAUAAUCAUUGCGAUCCCUCUCACUCUGGGGACGUUUUACUGGUUCAGAGCAGUCACGAGAUCGCACAAACAGGCGAGCCAAAAAGCAGAACGAGAAGCCAAGCAGCCUGAAUGA